AUGUCCGGCUCCAUGCCUGAUAUGCAUGGCUCUGCGGAUAUCACCACAGAGCCUAAUAUAGAGUUACGGUUGGUGAUAGCCCUUGAAACUCGUAACGCGAGUGAUAAUACUGAUGCCUGUGCCUCUCUUUCUUUGUCGAAAACAGAACAAGAUUCACGUCUUUCUUCUGAGCCCAAAGGCCAUAUAGCUAUCCAUGCCACUCACAGUAUACCCACCCCCUCGGGCGGCGACGACGGUCGCGUGGCCACCGAAGAAGAAGUGCGCGAUCUCCUUCAUGUCGUCGACAAAAUUCCGGUUUUUCUCUGGGUAGCAUGCCUUGCGGGUAUUCUGGAACGCUUUGUCUGGUACGGAGCUACCGCUCCUCUCCAGAAUUACCUACAAAAUGCACCCGGUGGGGAGGUGCCCGGGGCACUGGGCUUGCACCAGGCCACGGCAUCGAACAUCGUCAACGCACUGAUCAUCGGGUCGUAUAUAGUUCCCGUGCCUGCUGCUGUUAUUGCUGAUAGCUGGAUGGGCCGCUACAAAACCAUGAUAUACGCUGCUAUCAUCGAGGCCAUCGGGGCAACUAUUCUUUUUGCAACGUCCCUGCCCGUUGCCAUUCAUGCGGGGGCGGCUUUGCCCGGAGUAAUAACUGCCUGUGUACUGCUGGCUGUUGGAUCAGGGGCAUUUAAAACUACUGUGGUGCCGUUCAUUGCCGACCAAUAUGACGAGACCGAUUUUAGAAUCAAGAUUCAGCAAAAAGGAGAUCGGGUUGUCGCUAGCCGGGAGUUGACCAUUACCUAUAUCUACAACGUCUUUUACUGGGCCAUUAAUGUUGUGGGCUUCGUGGCCGAUGCUACUCCGUUGUUGGAACGGUAUGUCGGAUUUUGGCUCGCCUACUUGAUCCCGUGCUGCGCUAUGUGGUUAGCUCUGAUCCCGAUGUUAUUCGGUCGCAAGUACUUUGUCCGAGACAGGCCAACAAGCAACAUUAUGCUCCAGGUAUGUGCUGCCUUGAAAUCUGGGAUAACCGGUGGCUUCAAAAUGGAUGCUGCAAAGCCAGACGCCCAGCUUCAUCAACACGGUCGUCAGGUCCCCUGGACAGACUCGUUCAUUGAAGAGAUCAAGAGAAGUCUUCUGACCUGCCGAGUAUUGAUUUUGUUCCCUAUCCACUGGCUAUGUUACAACCAGACAUUCAACAACUUGAUCUCUCAAGCUGGGCAGAUGGUCACAUACGGUAUUCCGAACGAUAUGAUGAAGAUAGUCGGGGCAAUCUCGGGGAUUAUCGUUGCGCCUAUCAUUCAAAAGGGACUCUAUCCUUACCUUACAAAGAAGCGAAUCUCAUUUGGACCGAUUGCACGGAUGACAGUCGGAUUCUUCUUCUUGACUCUCUCCAUGGUCUACACCACGGUGAUACAGAAGCUUAUCUACCAGGCUGGACCAUGCUACGAUACACCCCUCGCAUGUGCUACUGCCAAUGAUCGCACCCUCCCCAACCAGAUUUCGGUCUUUCUCCAAGUUCCAACGUACUUCGGUGGAGCAUUGGCAGAGGUAUUUUGUCUCACCACCGGAACUGAGUAUGCCUACAACAAUGCGCCCAAGAGCAUGAAGACGCUGGUCCAAGCAAUCUGGCUCGCCAUGGCUGGGAUCGGAACAUGCCUUGCACUGGCAUUCACUCCACUCACCAGAGACCCACAUCUCGUCACGAUGUAUGCCAUCCUGACGGGGCUGCUGGGUGGAGCAACCGUUCUGCUGUGGAUCCUAUUCCGACGAUUGGACAAGUCGAAGGUCAAGGAGGAUGUUGAGUAA